AAUGCGGAUAAUAUAGCCUUGCGAAGUUUGCCGUUUUUCAGUCAUUUUGUAUUACGCACGGAAAAUUGACAGCCCAAUCGGGUGUUGGGGCAACAAUUUCCCGUUUGUAAUACAAAAUGACUGAAAAUUGCAAAUUUCGCAAUUCUAUAUUAUCCACAUUUUACAACAUUUCGCAACGAAACUUUGGAAUAUUACUAAUUUUGUGAUGCUCUUUCAAGCUGUGAUGAAAUUUUUGUCUAGAUCAAAAUUUAGUCUAUAAUGCAAAUGGUCCAUUGGUACCCGUACCACUUUUUUGGUUCUUGGACUACCUAAAUAGGUAGUGGGCUUUAGUGACGCAUGUUUAAGACAUCGUGAAACUGCCUAAAAUCCAUUUUUCUCGGACAUUUAUAGAAAGAUCUUCAACAUAAACAAAGUCGACACAGAUCCGUCGUCAACCAAAUUGAAACGAAGGAGAAAAGGUUUACGAUAGAUACACUAAAAUAUAUGAAAACUUUCAUAAGUCAUCGCUUGAUCUAAAUGUACAAGUAUUUCCCUCUGUUAUUUAGUAUUGAGUUAAAUAAGACAGAAAUGCCAGAUAUCGCUGCGGAAAAGGAAAGAAUCAACGCGGAAGUUGAGAAAUUAAACCGAGAAAGAGUCGAUAUUGCGGUGAAAAUGCAAACACAAGUCAAGGUAUGGUGGAAUCAACAGCUGUACAGUACUGUAUGAAGGCCAAUAGACCUUUCCCCUUAUGAGUGAAAUUUUGAUCUAGAUAUGCCUGGACACAAAUUUCAUCACAGCUUGAAAGAGCAUCACAAAAUUAGUUAUAUUCCGACGUUUCGUUGCGAAAUGUUGUAAAAUGCGGAUAAUAUAGCCGUGCGAAGUUUGCCGUUUUUCAGUCAUUUUGUAUUACAAACGGGAAAUUGAUAAUCAGAUGAUCAAACUGAUUAUCAAUUUCCCAUUUGUAAUACUAAAUGACUGAAAAACGGCAAAUUUCGCAAGGCUAUAUUAUCCUAGAUCAAAAUUUCACUGAAAAGGGGAAAGGUCUAUUUAGACUACACAAUCCUUACAGGACCUCUAGGAAGAACAGUUUUAGAACUGCUAGAGCUAUCCAGUAUAAAUAAAGUUGUCUCUCCCUUCACAGAAAGUAUUUAUUAGAUAUUAUCGACUUAUUUUUUAGAAAUGUCUUGAGCUCUCCAAAGAAAGAGUUUUGAUUGGGAUGAGGCAUUCUAAAGCUGUGAUGGAACGAACAAAUAUUGAGGCGGAAAUUCGGCAAGCUAGUGAACAACUCGUGGGCCUUGAGGUACUGUUUGUCCAGCAAGAGUUUUCUAUGGCGUAUGAAAAUUGCUAAUACACCCUUUCGGAAAGUACUUAGCCAUGGCUAUAGAGCCUCGUUUCCAUGAGACAUUACAGUUGUAAUGGAAAACAGCCUAAAAACGAUCGAUGAAUCUAUUGAUGAUUACAUACUGCGCAUAUUGUUCUAAUUUUCAAUGCUAUCAUAUUUAGACCGAGUUCGACGCAGUCAGGGACGAAUACGAACUUGUUCGUAGGAAAGCGAAACAGCAGCUCAAAGCAGCGCAGAAAGCAACAGAAACACCCGAGGGAGCAGAUUUAUCCGACGAAUACAAGGAGGUUAGCAAGUCUAUAUACUCUGGAUAGAUUGAAACAAAAUGUACUUCCUAGAGGUGUACGUGCAGUUUGGCAAAAUUACAUUAUUUUCUAGUGAUAGAUUAUAGUAUAAUUGUAAAAGAAAGGUUGUUCAAGCAGCAGUAAUAAUCUUCUUGAACUAUGGGAUCUUCUCGACAACAUUUGAGUUCUGCUAACCAGUAUUUUGAACUCACUGGAAGACGGAUUACUAACAGAAAACGACAAUACAUUCACCAGUAACUAUUUUGUGGUCGCAAUGUUUGCAUACUUAAUUAUAUUUGUAGUGUAUACAUUUAGCCGUAGAAACAGCAAUACAAUAUAUUUUCGAUUUUUGCAGCUUUUCAAAGCCUAUCCGAAUUCAGUGCAAGAAAUCGAGGACAUGAUUCACAGCGAGAAAGCAAAGGCUGACUGCAACUACCAGACAAAUCCACAGGUAAUGUCUUGCAUGAUUAUGGCUGACAACCCUGACGAAAUCUUGUGAAGCAGAAGUUACGCGACGGACUAGUCAGGGUUCGUAGUCUCCAAGACCAAAACAAUUCAAAGACUUUCAAAGAUUUUUUCUGCCUAUUUUCAAAGACUUUUCAAAGCCCUUUGAGAGCAAUCAGCUGCCUGGUGCAAGCACCAUUUUUACACAGUAAUUAGUCCAGUCAAAUCACAUCCUAAAAUGCGCCUUUUUGUCGAUAUUUGCGAAAAUCUUGCUUCAAUCAAUCUAUUUUAUUAGCUAGAAAAUCGUAUAAUCAAUUCCUCACAAAAGAAUUUAAAGACUUUCUUCGCUUUUUCACACAAUUCAAAGACUUUUCAAAGACUUACAAGGAUUUCAAAGACCGCUACGAAUCCUGCUAGUGGAUCUUCAGACGGAAUAGUACAUUUCAAAAUCUACUAUCCCCGUUUUAUAAUGAAGCAAAUGUAAUUCUCACUAGCGGGAAGGUAGUGAAAUUCAGUCUUCAGUGUUUGUUCUACUACUUGACUGUAGUUUUCAACUUAUUCCAGGUGAUAAGAGAUUACGAGAAAAGGAAGAAAGAAAUAGAAGAACUCUCACAAAUCGUAAGUUAUUCAUCCUUGUCAAAUAGAAGAAAUCGUAAAAAAAUGUGCAACUCUAUCUAGAAAACUGUAGUAUUAUAGCUGACCUUAUAUAACAAGCAUUUCGAAAAGAGAUGUACAUAUUUAAUUGGAUGAUGGUGGAAGGAUGAAACCCUAUAGUAAACCUGUAUCCCCUAAAAAUCUGAUACCAGACCUGGUACAGGCACAACACGACUUUAUGUUAACAAAGUGAUUCAAAUUAUGUACAGAUUGCAAGUCAUUCAGAUGAAAUCAAGAACAAGGAUAACCAACUAGAAUCGUUGAAAGAGAGGUAUGAGUAAUGGGAAAAGACCUUCCAAGACAUGGGCUGUGUUUAAUUUCAGCGCUUUUUCACAUGAGAGGACUGGGACUCAGGCGAUCAUAUUUACCAAAUGCUAGCCCAAAAUUGACCAAACAUGCCAAAGGGCCUACUGUAGGUCUUGGCUGCUGCAGGUUGGCCACCAUGCAUUUGCUGCACGAUAGUGCUUAGUAAAACCUGCUUCCAAAAUACAUUUCUUAUUUCAUCUCUGAACUAUAAUGACACUAUGUUUUACAGGUGGAUGACGCCGUUAAAUGAACUGUUGGCAAAAAUAAAUGAAAAAUUUGUUGGAUUUUUCCGUAAAUUGCAAUGUGCUGGUGAAGUGUCCUUGGCCACCGAUCAGGUAUCAUGAAAAAUUUUAUUCUGUGAAGAUUUUAGUAUUAACCUGCUUGCAGCGAAAAAAUGUUCGGUGCUCAAUUCGAGUUUUAUAACACAAUUGAUUUAAUAUAACAACACGUAUGCUGUAUACAAUGUACAGUAGAUAUGAAUUACCUGUGGCUGUGUCCAGCAAAAUGUCGGUUCUCCAUAUCUCUGUCCUCCUUGCCACAGUGAACUGUUAACGUUUUCACGAACAUGCUACCCGAACACUUGCUGUUGUAACGCGACUGUGUGACGUCUGUCAAAGGAUAAAGAGCAAAACUUCCUUGUUUCGUAUUGUUGGAAGGCAACUUACGCACAGUUAUGAAAGAAAUAAUUUUCAAAUAACCAUUUGUUAUAAAUUCCGGUUACAAAUCGUUGUUUUUUAUAAUAUUAAACAAUCUUUUAUUGCAAUUUUAAACACAAAGUCAAAGUUAUACAGCUUCACUCCGGUACUUGGUCACAACUUAUUUAGCCGGCCAAUCAGAGUCGUCGUAAGCGGAAUGCGCGUCAUUCAUUGGUCAAUCAACGUCGGGAAUUUUCGCGCUCUCAAAAAAGCCCGCGAAAGUUUCCCGCCAAAGAGUAAACUUUUAUGAUUGGCUCAUUGGAUUGGCUAAACUACUGGGGUGGGUGUGCGAAGGCCAGAUAGUGAUUUUUUCAAUCGUUGUAAAAAUGCUUGAAACAGUAAAAAUUACGGACAUAAACUUCACAAUUAAUAAAAAUAAACAUUAGUUUUUAAAUACUAAAGUUUAAAGGCCCAUUUUCACUCAAGAAAAUUUUCCAUGGACAGAAACUUUUCCGAAAAUAUCAUUGUUAAAAGUUGAAAAUUUUCAAAAUUUUUUCCUGCGUGAAAAAUUUCCACCAAUAAACGGUUGAAAAAUCGCUAUCCGUUGGAUAACUCUAUCCGACCCCUGGACACUGAAUGAAAAUAACUUCAUUAUGUAGGGCGAGGAGAACUAUGAAAAAUAUGGAGUUCAAAUCAAAGUGAAAUUUCGGGCUAAAGAUAGUCUACAUGUACUCACACAAUUCCAUCAAAGUGGUGGGGAGAAAAGUGUUUCAACUAUUUUGUAUUUGAUGUCUUUGCAAGAGUUGACCCGAUGUCCAUUUAGAGUAGUCGAUGAAAUUAACCAGGUAAUGGUAUAAUUUAUAGGAUAUCUAACAAUACAGGAUAAUUUAUAGGAAUGCUAAAGUGUUCUCCCUAGAGAUCCAGUGUCACUACAGGAGGAAACCUAAACUAACUUCAUUUUAUACUGGAUAGCUCUAUCAGUUCUAACUGUUCUCUCUUGAGGUCCAGUAAGGAUCAUCUCUUAUUGAUUCAGUGUUACUACAGGAGGAAACCUAAACUAAACUAACUUUAUUUAUACUGGAUAACUCUAUCAGUUCUAAACUGUUCUUCCUAGAGGUCCAGUAAGGAUCAUCUCUUAUUGAUCCAGUGUUACUACAGGAGGAAACCUGAAUUAAACUAACUUUAUUUAUACUGGAUAGCUCUAUCAGUUCUAAACUGUUCUUCCUAGAGGUGCAGUAAGGAUCAUCUCUUAUUGAUUCAAUGUCACUACAGGAGGAAACCUAAACUAACUUUAUUUAUACUGGAUAGCUCUGUCAGUUCUAAACUGUUCUCUCUAGAGGUGCAGUAAGGAUCAUUUCUUAUUGAUUCAGUGUUACUACAGGAGGAAACCCGGAGUUCCUGAAGAGUUUUCAUGGAAACAAUUCUCUCAAGGCGAAAUUAUAAUGAGGCAACUGAUUUUGAUAGUGUGGACCGUAAUCCAGGAUUAUUACCAAUUGAAAAACUAGCUCUUGCCUAUGAAUCUAACACUACAUUUCUUGCCCAGGGUAUGGAUCCUAACAAUGAGAGAAAGGUGUUUGAGUUGAUGGUUGAGACUUCCACACGACCAAAUACACCACAACAUUUCCUGAUGUCACCAAAGGUAAGAGUGGCAUGGUAUUGUUGUGUGUGUGGUGUGGCAUGGUGUUAUGUGGUAUAGUAUAUGUGGUAUGGCAUGGUGUUGUAUGGUAUGGUGUAGUGUUGUAUAACAUGGGGUGGUUUUGUGUGGUAUAAGGCUGGGUUUACUGUGCAAAAUAUCUGAAUACUACAUUUCAAGCCCUAAACUCUAUUUCUUCUCCAUGUAGUUGCUACCAGAUCUGCAUUACUCCAACAGGAUGACCAUACUGUUUGUCUAUAAUGGUCACUGGAUGUUGAGACAUGAUAAAUGGAAUACCAAGAAAAUGAUUAAAACAGCCAGCCGAAGAUUAGAUCGAUAAGAAAAUGCCAACACUUUACAGAGUUCACCAUUGCAUGUGUUAGUCAUAGGUGAAUUUCACAAAGUUGAACUGCAAUUGUUUUUUAUUUUAAGCCUGUUCCAGCAAGGAUGAAAUUGGACAUCCAUAACCAAGGGCAGUUUAUAUGAUCCCGCUUACCCGGGAUUCAAAGUCGCACUCCAUGUGAAAUUCCAUGUUUUAGACAAAAAAAAACAAAUGUUGUUGAAUGUUAUUAAAUUAACCGUCUUCUUCCGCUACAUAACUUCUAGCGCGUUCCUAAUUUCGUUUAAACAAUAUUUAAAGUUAUCUAACUUUUGUUUAGGGCUGAAACACGCAUUUCAAAUGCUCAAAAUACGUCACACUUCAUUAAAUCUCGGGUAAGCGGGACCAUAUAAAACCCUAAAACUGUUGGUCAAUAAUAAUAAAGUAAUAUAAAGUUUUGUUCAGUUCUGUUAAUUGACAUUAUUGUAUAGAGUAUAAAAAAGGAUUUAAAAGGGUAUUUUAUAUUGAUGGAAGAAAUCAAACUUUUAUCUAAAGAUUUUAAGAAAGUUUUGUUAAAUGUUAAUAAAUUUUGUUCAAGAAGUGGUGGCUUGUAUCCCUUAAUGAAGUGAAGAUAGAUUAUGUAAUUAUUUCCAAAAUAACUGGUCUGAUGAUCAAGAUGCACAUAUUAACCCAUCCGUUGAGCACUAGCACUCUCUCCUUGAUGAGUAAAUUCGCCAUUCAGUUGCAUUGUACCUUACAUUGUUAUUGUAUACUCUAACACCAUAAAAUAGUCUGCCAUUUGGGCACAUAGGGUGCAAUGCAACUUAAUAGGGUUAAUAGUAAACAGCACUGAAAAGAUGAAUAAAACAUAGAAGACAAGUUUAUAUGUUGGUAUAUUUAGAAAUGAUUACAAUUUUUUGCUACAAUUUUACAAAAUUUGUUGGUAUAUGAACAAUAUAACAAUAUGAACUACAAAUAACAAUAUGAACUACAAAUAAAAUAUAACUCAACAAAUGCCUUUGGCAUGAUUCUAGACUAUUUGUGCAAUUUUUUUGUCCGUUUGUUUUUUUGUUGUUUUUUUUUGUUGUUAGUUUUGUCAUGUAAGUCUAAGUAUUGUCAUUUUUGGUAUGAUAUCCAGGUGAUCUUGAUACGCGGAAAAGUACUGGCACCAGUUGCCAAAUAGAAAUCCAUUUUAUGAUUAAAACAACUGAAUAUCUCCUGUAAUAUACUUUAUUUCGAUUCCAUAUUUUUGUCAGAGCUAUAGUUCUCAUAACCAAACAUAAUUACAAAAUUUCAACUAGUUUCAUAAAGAAUAACGAAAGAUAUAAUUGACUGAAUACAUCAAAAUGGAUUUCUUUUCGGACAACCCUUUCUGAGCGCUGAUUGGCUAAAAUACGAACACGAGAUCACCUGGAUAGAUACAAGUCUUAAAUAUUCACUACUGAUUUCUGAUGAAAAUUUAUAAUACAAAUUAGUUCCAAAGUUCUUUGCAACAAAUCAAUUAAUAGUUGUCAAAAGAAAUCAAUAGUAAAUAUUUUUACAAGACAACCUACAAGUCUUUUUUAAUUGUUCACUGGCUGCAUUUACUUGCGCUGUGCGCUUAACCUAUAGACUAGAUUUUUCCGUAGGUACUCGACAGUUGCCGACAGUUUUUGAACUUUGCUUCGCAAUUCCUUGUUUUCCUCAGUCAGCUCUUUCUCUUGCUGGAACAAUUCUCCAUGACGUGCUUUCCUUGAAGCUCUACAGACACGGGAUGCUGCAUUGUUUUUGACUCGACGUUCUGUGGCCUUAUCAGGAAUUAUUUCUUCGUCUGUAGAGCUACAGGACUGUGGCUUUCUCUUCUUACAGGCAGGCGCUUCAAUAGGGACACUGCUCUCUUCCAUGACAACAAGCGCUCUUUUUCUGCUGUUGGGUUCAUCAUUGGUUUCAACAGAUCUUUCAAGAUUUUCCAACAAUGCAAGAACAGCUGGGUUCAGUUGAUCGAUGUCAAGGGAGAGAUUGAAAUUGCCACAAUCAGUGCUAUCGACGGGACUGUCUGGAACCGACAGGGGUGAUGCUGGAACCGACAGGGGCGAUGCUGGAAUGACAUUUGGUACAACAGCUGUGGUGUCAAAAUCAUCGAUGGGUUCAGGAACUAUGUUCUCAGGAGUAGGUUCAAGGAAGAGGCUCGGAAUUUGGCAAGCAUUUGGACGUGCAAUUUCCUCCUUAACUAGGAAGUCGCCAAAAAUAUUUGGCAUGACAACGUUAUCCAUGGCCAGCAAGCCGGCCAUGGGGUCAGUAUUAAAAGAGUUCAUAUUUGACUCUAUUGCAGCCAGGUUCAUAAAUUCUUCUGGGAAGAAAUAAUCAAUUUCUUCCGUUGUACCGAGCAAGUUCGCAGCCGGUGAUAGAAUAGUUUCUUCUAAAACUUCUCGUGCUGUGACGUUAGGCUCCGGUAUAUUUUCAAGGUUUUGUACAGGGAAUUCUGUAUUAUCAAUCCAUGGGUCAUCCGGGAGAAUAUCUGAAUCAAAGAAAAUAAUUAUAUCAAUUGAAGCAUUUUAUGAAUAUUUACACAAUAGAGGGAUUAUGAAUUUGUUCUGAAAACCUAUUUGUCAACAACUCCAGAAAAUAUUCAAAGAAGAGUCUGAUACAAUACUGUAAUUCUAUUAAGCACUGGAAUGUCAAUAGAAAUGUUGGCAUUUUGCUGCAAAUUUAUGCUGCUGUAUUUUUUUAUUUAAAAUGUCACAAAAUGUUGCAAAUAAAACCGUAAUUGCAACUUUUUACUCUAAUAUUACAAAAUAUCCCCAUGGUGACAUCACAAAUAAACAUCAAAGAGAUACCGACAAGAUAGAAACAACAAUUUUUGCGAUUUUUUCAACUAAAAAAUAGUUUACUUUUUCUCACCUUCAAGAUUAAAUGGACCAUUCAGAUCCGGGAAGAAGAUACUGUCCAUCUUUGUGAAGGCUUCGGCCUCCAAUUUCGUGUUCUGCUGUUGAAUUGGCUUCGCUUCGUGUUUGCGAGUCGAGGGCAAAAUAUUGUAUUCGUUUUCCGUCAAAAUUUCGUAUGGAAUCUCUAAAACUCCGCACGGAAUGUGUACUUCGCUUUCGUAUAGACUGUUCUCUCCAUGCUUUCCGAGAAAAUCGUCGCAACUGUCGACUCUGAAUUCGUUUGGCCAUGUUGGUUUUGCAGCAAGAAUCUCCGAUUCUAUACAUUUUUUUUGCUCUUUUAUUUUAAAGGCAAGUACAGACUCAACUGCCGUCGUAAACGGUGGUUCUUUAAACGCGGUGGUUUUGGCAAAUUCAGGCGCCUCUCACGGGUGCCCGAAACUUCUGCAAAAGCGAAAAACGCCGAGAAUUUGAAGGUCUCCAAUGCGAUAAACAGCGAAAAACGCCGAGAAUUUGAACGUCUCCAAUGCGAUAAAACUUCCCUGUUCAAAAUCUAGAAUAUGAAGUGAAUUUGAAGCGUCGACGACCCGGCUUUUUGUUGCUGUUUGUUGCCGUUCGUGGUGCAAUACUUUCCCAAAAUAGAACGACG